GGAAAAUGCAUGCACAGAAACUGACAUUUCCUGUCAUAAAAGAGAUUUAACAUGUCACUUAAACACACUGCAGGCUGCUUUUUAACAAAGUUGAAUUUCCAAUAUGGUAGGAGAGGUUGUUGUUGUUGAGAGGAUUGUUGUCAUGUCCUCUCAGUGCCUGUAGUGGUGCUGUGAGGGAGUCUGCUGUGGAUCCCAACUAAAAUCCUCAGCAGCCUGCCUACUGCUUUGUAAUUUGCUCUGGGAUAUAGCCUAUAUAUAUAUUUAAAUGCAUCCUUAUUAUUGCAAGAUGCACCGAGCUCGAUGAAGAUCACUGUGUCUCCAAUAUCGAUGGCACAAAUAGCCUAGCUGAUUCUAAUAGACUCUCUCGGCACGUCUGUCUGAUCUGGAGCCUGAAUACCUUACACCAAUUCAAGCUGAUGUUGUCAAGAACAAGAGUCACGUGAUGUAUGAAGGCAAACACAUACACUUCUCAGAGGUGGACAAUAAGCCGUUGUGCUCGUACAGCCCAAAGCUCUGCAAGCAGCGCAGGCUAAAUGGCUAUGCUUUCUGUAUCCGACACGUUCUGGAGGAUAAGACGGCCCCCUUCAAGCAAUGUGAAUAUGUGGCCAAGUACAAUAGCCAGCGAUGUACCAACCCCAUCCCCAAGUCGGAGGACCGCAGAUACUGUAACAGCCACCUGCAAGUUCUGGGCUUUAUCCCCAAGAAGGAACGGAAAAAGAAGCAUGACGCUUUGGAGGAAAUGCGCUCACGGGCUCACCUGGAGUCAGUGGCUCUCAACAUAACUGUGCCCUCUCUAGCUCUGAAAGCUCCCAAUGGUCUCGAUGAACUUCCGCCAUCUCCUCUCUGUACGCGCCUGUUACCCCUCCCCGAUGGGGAGCUCCUGGACCCUUUUGCCUUUUACGAGGACGACACAGACGGGGAGGAGGUGGGCACUCCUCGGAAGGGCAGCGCCAUCAAGAAGAAACUACAGAGUCGGCUGGUGCUCAACCAGAAGCUCUGCCACGACACGGACCUCUUCCAGACACCUCCUGAGCACUUUAGUCCCGCCCCUGCCCCCCGCGUCCACCCCUCCUCGCCGCUCAACACUCAUCUCCCGCGGCAGCAGUCAGGUCUUCUCCAGCCGCCCCAGCACUCCAGCGUGACUUCCUUCAUCUUCCCAGGACAGCAGCAGGGUUUAUUAUGCAAUCCACCACCACCUCAGACGGUCAACUUUCUGCCUCCAGGGAUGCCCGCUAAUGCAGCACCCAGUCCAGUGCAACCUUCUGGGCCAUCACUCAGCAGGAAAAUGCCUUUCGCCGCUACUCACUUGCCUGUCAGUUGCAAGGACAGCGGCAGUAACAAUCAGCGGCACGUGGUCGUCAUGCGUCCCGCUGCCUUCUCACCUUCUGCCAGCUGCCUGGCCAGGUUGCAACAUCUGGUGCAGCUCUGUGCCAAGACACACCAGGAGCAUGGAGACCUCUUUCCUCAUCUAGGACUGGACUGGUCAGAAGACAGUGCUGAUGACGAUGAUGAAGAGGAGGCAGAGACAUUUGUCCCUUUCCAGAGCUCUUGGAGACCACGGAAUGGGUUGGAAGACGACGGCGGUUCCUCGCGGAGAACGCGGCUACUUAGGCUUUGCUCGUACCUCCAGGAGAAAUACAAGCACAUGUGCAGGCAGGAGAGGGCGAGUAUCCGCCAAAAGAGAUACCGCUAUGCCUUCCGCAAAGCCUUGCUGCACGCCGCCAGUAACAACCCCGACUGUGCCGGGCAGCUGAUCCAGGAGUUACGCGGUGCCUCUCGAAACUCCUCAAGUGCGGCUCCAGCGAGGCAGCAGAACACAGAUACGGGGACCUGCACUGGCAGCACAAAGGGCCAGGCCUGCAACAACAGGGCUUUGCCCUUCACCCGACACUGCUUUCAGCACAUUCUGUUGAAUCGUUCCCAGCAGCUCUUUGCUAGUUGCACAGCCAAAUUUGCAGAUGGUCAGCAGUGCUCCAUCCCCGUGUUUGACAUCACGCACCAGACACCACUCUGUGAAGAGCAUGCCAAAAAAAUGGAUAACUUCCUGCGAGGGGACGGUAACCGGCGAGUGCAGCACCAGCAGCAGCAACAGCGAAAGCCACGUAAAAAGACCAAACCACCGGCACUCACCAAAAAACACAAGAAGAAGAGGAGGAGAGGGCCGCGGAGGCCUCAGAAACCCAUCCCUCCAGCGUUGCCACAGGGGAACCUGGGAAUGCCUUCUAUAAGCCUAGCGAUGCCCUCACAGGCCGGCAUCAGGAGCCCUUCAACUCCAGACCUGAGCGCAGAGGAGCUUCCUGACGACAUCACCAAUGAAAUGGCAGACAUUCCAAAUGACCUCGAGCUGAACCAGGAGGAUUUCUCCGAUGUGUUACCCAGACUAGCUGAUGACCUGCAGGACUUCGACUUGUUUGAAGGUAAAAACGGGGAUUUAUUGCCCACCACGGAGGAGGCGGAGGAGCUGGUGCGUGCUCUGCAGGCUAUGGGGUCCUACCCAGACUCUCUGGUGUGCCUGACCUCCAUGGGAGACCUGGCCCCAUCUGAAGGAGUGGACCACCGAGCCCUGACUGUGUUCCCUGGUCCGGUCCAGCCGGGGGGCAUGGGGGACCUGCUCAACAGCCGCAUCCCGACGGAGAACUUCACCAGCCUCGAGCUGGAGGACAAUCUACUGCAGUCCACCGGGGGUCACUUCCCCCCCUCGCCGCCAUCUCAGCCCGCUAACCAGCCCCAGACGCCGUGCUCCAACCUGACCUCAUCUUCUUCUACGGUAGCCCCCUCCACCACCUCCUUGCUCACUCAGACCUCCAUGACGGAGCGAACGUUUUCCCGGACACACACGUCCCACGUCCUGGCCAAGUCGGACGCGCCCACGUCAUCUCCCCAAGGCAGCCACUACAGCAGUGAGCACGUGCCAUCACCGUACAGCGACCACAUAUCGUCUCCCCACGCCAGCUCCUUCCAGACAGACACCCCUCUGCUGCUGGAGGUCCCUCUCGGCGGCGUACCGGGACCCCCGCGCUCUUCAUGGAACAAUCUCCCUCUCCCCCUCACAGACCCCACGCAGUUUGGCAAUCUCAUAGGGUCGGAAAGUCAUCUCAUAUCCACCUCCCUGUCCACGCCCCCGGCCACCACCCACUCUGUGACGCUGCAGCCCAUGGCGGCGCUCUCGGCGAUGCCCCAGAGCGGCUUGACGGGUUUAACGACUUCCCCCGCGCCCUCAUCCUCCCUCCCACCCUCGUCGCACGAUCUUCUGACCUCCACGCAGCCCAAGCAACAGCUCCCACAGUUCAGCGCGGCCUUUGGCCAUCAAUUGGCCUCCCACAGUGGCAUCCCGAAAGACGUGCAGCCCAGCCACAGCUCCACAGCGCCCCCCGCUGGCUUUUCCAUAGUUAGUGCCACCGCUGCAAGUGCCAACAGCGCCACGCCACCCUUUACGCAAAGUAAAUGAGAGCCUGCAGCGGCUGCGCGACGGUCCGUGGACUCACAGUCACUUACAAUCCAGUCGACUGGCUCCCGAUUGACCACCCCCUCUUUCAUCUGCUACAUGUGUGCAAUGUGGUAAUAGUGCACUAUUUGAUAAUGAAUUUGCACAACCUCAGAUUUUCCUCACUAUUUUCGUUCUUUUACUCUGUAGCCAGGCGGUCUCUGGGGUUUUUAAGUCAGUGUGAGUCCACUUGUUUGAUGCCUUGUGGUUUCGUCAGCAGGGGGGUAGAUUUUUGUGGUGAAAUAAACGGGUGAAAAUUGGCGGAAAGGACCUUUAGCAGAGAUUAUCUGUCAUAGUGCUCAGAAUUCAUCGACGCAGAAGCCUCAAUCAGCGGUCGGUUUUAUUUUGCUUUGCCAGUUAAAGUCCUGUCUUUAAAUGAUUUCAACUGUACCCUGCCUUGCUCAGAUAGCCAUUGCAUUUUUAAUUUUUCCCCCACCUGUUUCAUACACCGCUUCUGUCACCCCCUCUGAAAAACAAAGAGUACAGGUUGUGAUAUUUGUGACCCAUUAUGUUUCAAGCUAUUUAACUGUUAUCAUGAUAUAGAAUCUUUACCGAGUCAGAUUUCACAGUAUGAAUUUACCAAAAUACUUUUAAAACAGCUGUUUUUAUAUUGUGUAUACUGUAUAAUGUGCUCAUUUUAUCGGUUUGCUCAGACGUCAAACUCUCCGACCUCACCAUUGGUUGUGGGGACUCUGAGUGGCCUAGUAGACACUUGAAGGUAAAUAUAGUUUCUUAAAGCAAUAAACACAUUAACAUAACUCUAGCAUUGUAAGGUAUUUUAUUGGUCUCAUUACAUGUAGCUUCACCUCGCUGAAUCCGGGCUGGAUCAGGAAUAUAUUUUGGCCUCUAUAAACUGUUGUUUUUACUUUACAGCAGGACUAUUUCACUCAAGAGAGACCAGUGAUCAGGUCAGCCUUCUUCUCUCGGGUCACACUGAGUGGUUUUUUGAAGGCUAAUAAAGGAGUUUCAGUGUUAAUGGUAGGGGUGACGAUGGCGUAAUCCAGGGACUUUAAGUGUCUACUCUCAAAGGUGCUCUCUGGUCCACAUAUACAAUGGUUAUUAGUGACUUACAUGUCAGGCAAAUUCGGUGUCAGAAUUCCAAGGAAACCCACUAUGAGGCCAGAAUACCCAGAGAGGGCUUACAUAGUGAUUUUAAAUGGUAUAAAUUGGUGUUUUGAGCAGUACUUAUAAAGUGAUUUUAAGCUAAACGAUGCAAACCUGCGGUCUGAAAAUGAGAACCACCCGAGAGCUCCUCCCCCUGCCUGUUACCGACGCAUACAGCAGUACAACCAUGGCUUUUUAAUAGAUAUUAUAUUAGACAUUUGAUCAGAUAUUGUUGAGUAUUAGGUAUAUAGAGUAGCGAGUCUCUAUCUUGGGGUUUGUUGGUGAAUUAUUGAGUAGCAAUGGAUUGAAAUUGUUAUUGGCAAUGUAUUCAGUGGAACCUGUGUCUUGUAGAAUGAGUCUCUUGUUUUUUAAUAGCUAUCAAGAUUGUAAGUCGGAGGGAUCAAUGUUUUUAAAACUAAUAUUCGGACGGAGAGUAUCUUUGAUAGCUAUUAAACUCCAGGAAGAAGUCUUGAGAUUUGCAUGGGGCGGCAACCGUUUGUGUGAGAGCGUUAUAUAUUAUUCGAUUAUGGUCACUGGUUUGAUUCUUGGUGGUGAAACCGAAACAUAGGAAUUAUAUGCAUCACCGUUCAUUUUGUGGAGGAAAACAGAUCAACAUUACAGUAUGUUUUUCCAACAUGGAUUUGCACAGGAGUGGAUGAGGCCGGUGGUGUUUAACUUGUUACUUGUCCAGUGUCUGUCUUGCCUUUUUAUUUUUAUUUUUUUUUUUGCUUGGACGCUCAUUAAAUGAACAGCUGCCAUCAUUACCAGCUCUGAGCCUGCACCAGACUACCCCCCAACACCCCCAUUUCCAGCUGUGAGAAGGCCCAGUUCUGUCUCUCCCUUCCAAAGAGAAAACACAAAAUGAAGUGUAAACCCGUAGCUCCACCAGAGACGACUGGGCCUCUCUGUGUUGUAACUAAUAGUCAUAAACACACAGUGGCCCCCGAAAAGUUAAAAAACAAAAAAAAAAGUUGGAUGGAAAUGUUUGCGAGGCAUUACUGCUGUAUCCACAUAGCAUGAGAUUAGUCACCGCACCAGUUUACCCAACAACCACGUAGAACAAAAUUAACAGGGCUCGUACUGUAGGCACAUUUAACUGCUUGAAUUCAGAGAUGGCUGACAAAUUCCUAUACUCAUUGAAUGUACUGUAUUACUGUUUUUAAAGAUAGGAUGAGCUAAUCUAGUCACCUUUUGUUAUCGGUCCUUGUUUAAUUUGUCUAAGGUAUUUUUUGUAUACAAAGGUUUACAUUUUUAUGUAUAUUUUUCUUGUGUACAAAUUAUGUAAUAUGUGUACAAACACUGUAUGUAAUAUCUGUAUAUAGUGUGAGAAAUUUGAUCUUUUGUUUUUGGAUGUAUAAAUAAAACUUGCUGUGAGGUAUUUGCUGA